GAGAGAAUACUGGUGAGAUAGAGAGAUGGGCCAUCACUCGUGCUGCAACAAGCAAAAAGUGAAGAGAGGGCUUUGGUCGCCGGAAGAAGACGAAAAGCUCAUCAACUAUAUCAACACAUAUGGCCAUGGAUGUUGGAGCUCUGUUCCCAAACAUGCAGGUUUGCAGAGAUGUGGAAAGAGUUGUAGAUUAAGAUGGAUAAAUUAUUUAAGACCUGAUCUUAAACGUGGAAGCUUCUCUUCUCAAGAAGCUGCUCUUAUCAUUGAGCUUCAUAGCCUUCUUGGUAACAGAUGGGCUCAAAUUGCCAAACAUCUACCUGGAAGAACAGAUAACGAGGUCAAGAAUUUCUGGAACUCAAGCAUAAAAAAGAAGCUCAUGUCUCACCAUCAUCAUGGUCAUCAUUAUCAUAUCUCAUCAAUGGCGAGUUUGCUCACUAACCUUCCUUAUCACAACGGAUUCAACUCUACUAAUGGCGGCGAUGAAGGUUCAAGAUUCAUGUCAAAUAUCAUCAUCACAAACACUAACCCUAAUUUCAUCACUCCAAGUCACCUCUCUCUUCCUUCUCCUCACGUUAUGACCCCAUUAAUGUUCUCAACCUCUAGAGAAGGAGAUUUCAAGUUUCCAACCACUACCAACACAAACCAGUCUCAUCAAGAUCAUAACAACCUCUACAACAAUCUUGACAUUUUGUCAGCCACACCAAUCAUAAAUAGUCAUCAUCAUCAUUAUGAUAAUGAUUCCCAGCUGCCAUCACUACCAGAUCUCCCAGCGAGCACCAUUUGCACUUAUCAGGAAACCCUUCAAGAUUGCGAUGAUGGCAAUGAAGUGUUUGUAACACCAUACAACAGUAAUGGUGAUGACCCUCGGAGCAUUCCAUUAGUGGCCACAAAGUUAUUAUGUGAACAAGUUCUUGAAGAAAAAAUAUUAUCCUCCUCGCCAAUUACACAAGACCACGGCCUUCUUAUCCCCACCAAGUACAACUUGCAAAUGCCUGGUGACCAUCAUAAUCGAGUGGUCUCAUACAUCAAUCACAUGAUCAUACCAUCAUCAUCAUCAUCCUCGCCAUCCCCAAUAUCUUGUGGACAGUACGUCAUCACUUAAGCAAGCCCUAGUCCUACUCCAACAUGGGAUUCCUAGACAUGGGUACGUAAUAAAUACAUAUAUAGAGUCUACGUACGUUUUUUCGAUAUCUAAAGAGGGAAAAGAUUACAUAAAUAAUCACCCACAUGUGUUGAUAAAGUCCUGUCCAUAUAUUAUUUUAUACUACAUAGUAUAAGAAUUUGUGAUUGUUACAUUUAAUAUUUUUAUAUAUAUAUUGGCAUAUUGCAUUUUAUUUGUUUAAUGGGUGACAACCAUGAAUGUUGCUAGUUCUUCCUCAUGUUAUUAUAGUCUGUGUGAGUUGUAGGAAAAGGUUACUCCUACGUUGAAUGGCCGCAUACAAACACACACAUGUACGUAAGCAAGCACGUAUGCGUGGAGGGUGUACGAUCUCUCUUCACGUCACCUACGUACAAAUUGUGUUUGUAUAUGGUCAGUUUUGUUUUCGCCUCUCUAUUGGAGAUUACUGUUGUCAUGAUAGAUCGUGGGGUCAAGAUGUGGACUGUUGUAAUUCAGUGCAACUUUCAUGUACAAUGUAUCACUGGCCAACUGUGAGAUUCUCUUUUUGGUCAUUUUAAAAUAUUAUCUUUGGCGAAUACACACAAGCUAUCAUCAACCUUAAGUACUGGGUGUUUCAUAAUUAGAGCAGUGAUAAUUUAUCAGCAUAUGAAUAAAAAGAAUCCUUGGAUAAUAAACUAUCCACUAAAAAGAGUUUAAAGGUUAAUGACCAAAACAAGAUCUUUAAAAAUUUAUAACUCGACUCCAAGAUUCAACAACACAUCAAAACAUGGAUCUUAAUACAUCCGAGUUAUUUAUGAGAUCGAAGUUUUCGAUUUUUCUAGCCUGAAAGAACACAAGAAGAAGGGACUUAACCGGCCUAUUAGAUAACCGGAGAUUCUAGGCGGUGACUCUGUGACGCCCUUUAGCUAUUCUCCGAGCAAUGACCCUCCGUCCACCUUUGGUUGCUUUCCUGUUCAUAUUCAGACAUUCACUAGUCCAGUAAGUAAACAUAAAUCACUCGUAACACCAACUACAAAUAUAUAAAUGUUCUGAUUACUUUUUAUUAGUGAGAUUUGAUGGAAAGUUGUAGAAUUUCCAUCAUUUAGGGGAUUAAAGGUUUGAUUUUCACAUUAUGCUAAGUAA